AUGGCUAAUUUGAGGAUACUACUAGCUAUGUUUGCUCUCGUGAUGUUCCUGUCACACCUCCCCGUCCGUGGCGUCUCCGUGUCCGUGGGCAGCAGCGCGAACGUUACUACAGAGACAAGACACCGCUGCGGCAGGUGCCACAUUAGUGCCUUCUUGCAUGGCCAAUCUGGCGACUGCAACAGGGAUCACGGCUCGGUCUGUUGUCAAGACGGUCACUGCUACCCGCAAUCCAGGUGCUCGCCCCCGGUGUCGGCCGACACGCCAGCGAUCCUAACUCUGAACAGCUUCGCACGAGGUGCAGACGGCGACGGCAAAUCGUUCUGCGACAACCGCUUCCACAAGGACACUGAGCUGGUGGUGGUGCUAUCCACGGAGUGGUUGCGCCUGGACGGCAAGCGCAGGUGCAACAAGAUGAUCCGCAUCAACGGGAACGGGCGUGCCGUGCUGGCCAAGGUCGUCGACGAGUGCGACUCGGUGUACGGUUGCGACGCCGAGCACAACUUCGAGCCACCAUGCCCAUACAACGACGUAGACGCGUCACCGGCCGUGUGGAAGGCGCUGGGGCUCAAGGAGGAGAUUGGAGUUUUCAAGAUCACUUGGUCUGAUGUGUGCGCUAUGCCAUGA